CUAUGUGACGUUCUUCCUAAAUAAGGUCAUACCAUGGAGGGAGAAGUAUCUGUGCAGUAUGACAGCUCAGUGUCAACACUUGUGGUUUGUGUAAAUGUGCACAGCCAUAUACAGCGUGCCUGUGCGCUUCUGCUGUAUGUGUAGGGUAGUGAUGUGCUGACAUAUGGAGGCUGACAGUAAUCAGACGUCCCCAGUGUGGCUCUCUGUUCCCCCUGUCAGCCCGGGCUGAGCCGGGAGCACAUUAGAAUCUUAUCUAUCUCUCCUCUGUGGCAAAAGGAUGCAGAGCACUGGAGUGUGUCACAGCCUUCUUAUAGGAAAGAGAAGUAGAGGACUCACUGCCAGACCGCUGGGUUAGCCAGACGUGCACAGACGGCAGUGAGGCAUUUUUACUUUCAGUCCCGUCUCCGUUCUGGCGCUCUCCCCCCUCUUGUUUCAUACCUUCUCGUCCUUCAACUUUAAUCUCGGCAUUUUCCAUUUUCUUUCAUUUCAUCAACCCGCCAACCACCCACCUACCUCUUCCAUUUUUCACCUCUUGCCUCCUUGCUGUCACCCCCUCCCCCCUCUAUAUCCCCCCACAUAUGAUCUUGGUACACUACACAUCAACACUGAAGAUAACUGUGCUGCUGCGCUCGGUUCUUCUCAAGGGAAGAAUGAGGCCAUGUUUUAACAAACAUCCGUGGAACACAGAGUUAAGGAGAUUACCUAAAAAUAAACGGGGGGGCCGUGCUGUUCCUAUUUUGGUUCAUUUGUGUCCACAAAUUUGGUAAUAUGUUCAUUCCAGUCUGCCAUGGGAGUGCUGGCUAUCACAUUCACAGUCAAGAUGUGAUGUGUAAACAGUCGUCAGUCAAACAUAAAUGUAAAUUUAGUAAGUUUAUCUGGACCCAGAGAACACCGGUUUCAUUGCAGUGGAGAACUUUACCAGUUUGGUGGAGCACCAUGAGCUGCAGCUGGACCCAUCCAAGCUGGACAUGCUGUUAGCCCUCGUCCAGAGCAAUGAAGACGGGCAGGUGUGCUACCAGGAGCUCAUCGAGUUGAUGAGCAGCAAACGCUCCAGCAGUUUCCGACGAGCCAUCGCCAAUGGCCGCCGUACACUGCAACGGGAGAUCCUUCUGGAUGAGACGGGGUUGGGUCUUUAUAAACGUUUCGUCCGUUAUGUGGCCUAUGAGAUCCUGCCCUGCGAAACUGACCGGCGCUGGUAUUUCCACCAAAACCGCCUGUGUCCCCCGCCCGUCUUCAUCGCCAUCGUCACCAUCGUCCAGAUUAUUGUCUUCAUGUGCUACGGCAUCAUGCUAAACAAGUGGGUCCUGCAGACCUAUCAGCCUGACUUCAUGAAGAGCCCCCUGGUCUACCACCCCGGCCACCGUGCACAAGUGUGGCGUUUCUUCAGCUACAUGUUCAUGCACGUCGGUUUGGAGCAGCUGGGAUUCAACGCUUUAUUACAGCUGAUGAUCGGCGUUCCCUUAGAGAUGGUCCAUGGCAUCCUACGAAUAAGUCUGCUUUACAUGGCAGGAGUGCUCGCCGGCUCGCUGACAGUGUCCAUCACCGACAUGCGUGCUCCAGUGGUGGGGGGCUCCGGGGGGGUCUACGCUCUGUGCUCAGCGCAUCUGGCCAAUGUCGUCAUGAACUGGGCCGGGAUGCGCUGUCCAUACAAGCUGCUCCGCAUGAUCCUGGCGCUAGUUUGCAUGAGUUCAGAGGUGGGUCGUGCAGUCUGGCUCCGUUUCUCGCCGCCGUUGCCCUCCUCCGGACCGCAGCCCAGCUUUAUGGCACACCUGUCGGGGGCUGUGGUCGGCAUCAGCAUGGGCCUGCUGAUCCUGCGCAGCUACGAGGAGAGUCUGCAGAAACAGUGCUCCUGGUGGGUCAUCGUCUUCUCCUUCAUCACCUUCCUUCUCUUCGCCAUCUUUUGGAACAUCUUUGCGUAUGAGCUCCUGGGUGUACAGAUACCACCUCCCCCCUGAUGAUGGGCCCCACCCUCCCCCCUGCGGUCAUAUACACGAUGACUUCAGAGGUUCCCCUUCGACCAUAGUUAACUUUACAUUUCCUCUCAAGUUUGACCCAAAUGAAAUCAUCUAAACUAAAAAUCGACCAAGAAUCCUUUUUACAAAUACUUUGCAAAUCAAAGAAAUAUGUCUCUUUUAUUAAAGAGGGAUUACAGUAGCAAGACGUACAGGUGAAAGGUCCUCAGAUCCAUUUUGAGGAGCCUAAUAUCGUUUUUAUAUAUAUAUAUAAAUAUAUAUACGAAAAAAGCUCAUCCACAUUACCAGCACUAACCUUUCAAUGAGCAUUUAACCAUUGUGCUCUUUUACUAUCAGAAGCUUUUUUUUUGAAAAGCAGUUUUCGUCACUUAUUUCUUUGAGUGCAUCUCUCAUUCAUGUAAAAACCAAAUUAGAAGAAUCUGAGCUCAUGACAUGUGCCUGGGGCGGAAAGGAAGAUGAAUUAAAAAAAGGAUGAGAGGUGAGAGAUCAGGAUAAGCCGCAGCAGUGACGCUUUAAGCUAAUAAGGUGUCGGUGUUUUUCGCUUAGAAACGCCUCAAUCUGUGCCACAAAUCAGACCCGCCUGAGAGGAUUUUAGGAGAAAUUUCAGGAAAUGCUUGUUUUGUUUUUUCUUUUGUUUUUAAAAGGCAGCAAUAAAAGCCCACAAAAGCAGUUAAAUCUAAACGUCAAGAUAAUGUUUUUGUUUCAUUUUCAGCUGAGAAAUGUUACAACUAGCAGAGCUUUUCCCUCAAACUGAGCUGCCACAUAGGACAAAAAGAAACCAGUUAAAAUCGAUGAAAGAAGUUUGUUACAGGAAGAAAGAAGGAAGGAAGGAGGAGGUUUUAGAUUCAUGAUUUCUUACCUAACGUCUGUCAUUUUCAAGGUUAGAAAAAUUUCUGUCAUUUUUCGCUUCACGGAGUCCUAAAAGCAAAGACAGACGUCACUAUUUCUGUAUUAUUUCCUUGCUAAUAUACCUACACUGUGGAUACAAAAACACACAAUGACAUCAACAUGUGGAGGUGGGAGAUUAAAGUGACCGCGUGACAGGAAGGGAAAGAAAAAGAUGAGAAAAUGAGAGCUGAAGUUUCCUGGAUGGUCAUCACUUCGGCGAGCGAACUCGGACUUCAGCCACCAACUUGCUAAACGCACCAUGUAAAAUAUGCCAUGUCAUGCUCUGUGGCACUCAGCGAGAUAAAGACACACACACAAACACACACACAAUCUUCUCCUCUUUGUCUUUGAGAGUAGCCGCGGCCUGAUUCUGCAGGUCAUUGUGGGCAAACUGAGGAGAAAAACAACACAAACACACACACACACACUGGCCUGUUCUCGCUGACAGACUGAACUGGGGAGGGCACGGAUGUGUCAUCACCUGACCUCUGACCUUUGUUUCCCAGAGGGCAUUGGGGUCUCUACGUCAGGCCCAGUCGAUACCUCAGUUUCUCAUUCUUAGGGACUGUAUACAUUUGUAAAGGAAUGUACCUAUAAAGAAAAAAAAGUGUUAUAAGUUGUCCCCGUUUUUCAUUUGAUCGUGGAUGUGUAUAUUGUAUGUUCAUAACCAAGAGUAUAUUUAUUUGUAUUUUUCCCCCCUCUUUAAAGGGGAAAAGAGAAAAAUGGUGCAAACAAAACUAAUGCUAUGAUUGUUGUCCUUCUGAUGACUCCUGUAUGGCUUUGAUCCUCUGAAACACAGAGAGGCAGAAUCCCCCGGGUUUGUUAGGCGACCACCAACAAGUCGAGCUCACCUGGUUUUAUAAAUCUUCAGUGCUUUACAAAAUAAGCCAUAGAAAGAACUAAAAGGAGACGGCAGAAGCAGAGGAAGAAAAAAAAAGGAGAGAAAAAAAACACAUUUGUUGGUUUGAAAUGCGCUGACUGGUAGCUUCUGUUUAGACUUCAUGGUUGCGCGCGUGUGUGUGUGUGUGUGUGUGAGAGAGAGAGAGAGAGAGUGAUGAAAAAUGAUUUCCUCUUUGUGAAUAUUCAGCAGGUGAAAUGAAAAGAAGACACGCCUGUGAUACCUUGGACUGUUUGAGAUAUUUUCAUGUAGCUAGACUCAUUUUCUUUUUCCUUUUUAUUUAUAACUUGUUCGCCAAUUCGUUUGCAGCCGAUGCAGCUUAAUUCUGCAAGUGCCCACAUCUCCCAGACUCUCUUCCCCCUGCGGCGUGCGGACGCUUCUCUGCAGUUCCUCUUCUGCAAAUAACAAAUUAUGGACAGGGCUCCUGUCAUAUAUUUUAUCUCCUGAGUGAUUCGGGCUUUUUGGAAAGCCGAGGCGAGGAUGGCAAUUAUAUUUACUCAAUGCUACGUUCCAUUUUUCAGUCUUUCAAUCAAUAAUUCAUUUGAAUGUCCACUGGCUGCCUGAGGGAGGAAAAAAAAUUUUUUAGCAUUUGCCAGUCUUGCCGUCCUCAGCGUUUACUUCCACAUGAAACUGUCAGUAGUGACAGAGGACUCCAUGUUAAAUGAGGGAAUGGGUGUGAAAUAGCCAUAAUAAGCCAUUUUCAGAUACAUUUAAACAAGACAAGGUCAGCCAGUAGUUGAUAGCGAUGUAUCCCUGAUGGAAACUCUUGUGUUGACUAGGAAAUAUUACUGCUUGGGAUAGCAAAGAUGUGUUGAUGAAUAAUGCAUACAUACCCUGUUAGCCUAUAAUGAAGAUAAAGCUGAUGCCUGAGAGGAGGUUAAUGUGCCUCUUUAACUUAAGAUUCAUAGGAACCCGAAAGGGUUGUAAAAAGGGCUAGUCAGUGGCUAUGUUUUUGUAGAACACGUCAACUGUGAAUAUAACCACUCCCAGAACUAGAUGCAGGAAUAAAGUGAAAGGCUGUACAAAGUGAAACGGCUAGUGUUUGAAUUUAUUCAUUUCAAGAGCAAAGCGUUCAAUAGCAUUGGCAGGAAAAGAAAAAACCAAGUAGGUGUAGAGAGACGUUUUUAGGAUUAAUUUACCAGUUUCCUGUAAGCCAACUCUCCUGGCCCCUGAGCCUGAGCCAACAUCAGCAACAACACACCUGGAUGCCCCUGCUUUACGUCCUCCAGCUCAUCUUAAAGGAGGGAACACUCUCGCUCUGACAGCAUGUGACAGUUUGUGAGAGACACCUGAAGCUUCCCCCACCCUGAUCCCCCCUCCCUGUGCAGAGUAGGGCUGAUACAUGGUUGCUACGCCGACCAGAGCCCGAAGCCAGACCCUAAACAGGAUGUCUUCCUUUAAUAAGUGGAUCUGACAAGGCGGCAUGAUGUUAAUUUAAUUGCUGUCGUUAGGUGACGUAGUUGUUUUCGACAGUUGGCAGGAAGUCUCUGUGAGGGAUGGCGUGAGCAGCCUAUAAUCCAUCACUACAGAUGAUCCACGUCCUCCCCCGAAUUGUCUCAAAAUGGUCACGAUGACUGCGUUAUGAGAUCAGGCUAAAAGUUUCUCCUCGCCUCAUUCGAAAUGCAACUUUAUAGCUUCAUACUCGACACUGGCUGUUUCUGACUUCUUGGUUUUUGUCACACGUGUUUUGUUUCUUGUUUUUGCACUUCUUAUAAUGUACUUAACUGACACGUUGCUGUGUGCCAUAGUCUCAUUUGACAUAAUCAUUCUUCUGAAGCUUUUUCCUUUAACCUUCCUAUGCCAAUCCAUCGUGCUGUACGCCCAAUGCCUUGUUACAUAAAUGAGCUCAAAGCAAAGCACCAAGCAGAAAGGCUGGUUCGCUGUCAGCCAUCUACACGAUGAUGCAGAGAAUCCAUAAGAGACGGAAACCACAGUGCAAAUAUCCGUGUGUCCAGUAGCUCCUCUGAACUGCUGUGUGCCACAACAGGCCGGCCAGGUCGCCUUUUCUGUGUGUUUAGUUCUGCUUAGAUAUAGCACUGUAGCUGAUCUACAAACAAGAGUGAGUGGAUGCUCACCAGUGCUUACAUUUAAACCCUUAGGAGACUUAGUAAAGGUUCUUAAAGGGCCCCAAAAGAUAUUUAGUUUGAUUUCCCACAUUAAUCUCAAUAUUGAUACAAAAGAAAAUGAUAGUCAGGGCCCACCUAGCUGCUAAAAUUUAAGAUACACUUGCAAACCACACAGUCGUUAGUGAAGUCUGUCUUAGAGUACAGAUGGAACAAAAGAUGGAGAGGAGGGAACACUGCUGAAACCUCAUUUUCUAGCUUUAGUAUGAUCGCAAAUGCUGAGCCACACGAUAUCAUGCAAACAUGUCAUUUCAUAAAGCAAGAGUUGAACCCCUCCCACAGUUUAGGAUGACAAAAGUCGUACCUGCGCUGCUCUGGUAGUUUCUCAUGAGCUGCUUACUCGUAUCUAUAAAAUGGUGCCAAGCUUACGAGGUUCAGCCUCUCAGACCCAGACAAGAGGUUGUACCAACACAGCGUUUACAAAAAGAACAAGCAGAAGAAGCUAUUUUUUUUCCUCUCUGUCAAGAGGAAAUUGAAGGACAACUAAAUUUACCUAUGGAUAAUUUAUAUCAAAGUCCUCAUUAAUGAUUUCACAAUCUAUUGUACUUUUUAAAUGUUCUGAACGGAACCAUUUUAUAUUGUGUAUAUAUAUGAAUAUAUUUUGUUUUAUUUUGUACUGUUCAUUGUACUUUGCUUUAAUUUAGAAACAAUAUA